AUGACAGGAGACGUGGUUGUUGCCGCGGCAGCAGAGCAGGACGGAUCUGAGACAGUAAAACAACACUCCUCCUCCACCUUCAUCUUUCUUUCUAUGAUUCCUCCACCCUCCUGCAUCCGUACGUCUGGUUAACAUCUGGAAAAAAACCCGCUUCUUCUUGUUCCUUCCUCAUCACUCCUCUUCUUCCUCACCUUCAUCAUCAUCAUCAUCAGCAGCAGCAGCUGUGGACGGCCAUACAUGGACAUGGAGUCGGGACGGCCCGAUGUCUCCUCCUCGCUGUCCGACACAGAGCUGCCGUCUCUCCACCUCUGAUGCCCCACCGACCGACCGACCACGAGAGAGAGAGACAGACAGUGAGACACAGAAACAGAUGAAGGGAAAUUAGAGAGGGCAAAACAGCAAGCAAAAGCAAAACGUGAAAGAGAAGAAGAGGAAGAGGGAGGCUGCACAUCCAUAAUCUCCACAGUGGAGAAACACUUAGAGGGAGGGAGGCAACGCAGCCGAUUCUGUCUAUCCUGCAACUUCAGGAGCCAUCAUCACAAUUUAAUAAGAAUUUGAAAGGCUGCAGCGCUGCAACAAAUCAGGCUUCAGAGGGAGAAACAGCGGGCGAGAGACACAGACAGAGAGAGAGAGAGAGAGAGAGAGAGAGAGAGAGAGAGAGAGGAGGCUGCAGACAUUUUAACACUUUCCUUCCUGGAUUUAUAGCGUUCUGAUGUUUGUUGGAAGUCCCAGCUGCAAUAAACCUGUGGCACCAAUAUCAGAGAAUCACUUUAUUAGUAUUUUACACAGACUCUGCUGGUCUAAGACUGCUGAGAUUUCAAGAAAUUAGGUUUUUCUGUCCAGAGAGUCUUGGAUCAGAGCAGAUCUGACAUUCACCUGCAGUCACCUGCAGUCACAAAAGCAGGAAAUAUUCUCGCUGACUCCUGAGAGCUUCCAGGUUUUAAAAGUGUCGCCUUGCAGGUCAGGAGGAGCCCUACUUUUAUUUUGGAGGGCAACAGGACGGCCCCAUCGCUACCCACCAGAAGGACGUCAGAAACUCGUCACAAUAAAAGGCAGGCGACACACCUGGCCGAUGCUCUGGCUUUCCUGCUGCUCUACAGCCUUGUUUUCAUGGCUUGACACCUGACUGCCAUCUGACCCUUCCCUCCCUCCUCCCCCUUCCUCCCCUCCAACAUGUCCGCCCACCUCCUCUCUCGCUGCCACUCAGUACUUAAUUAAGACAUUUACCUCGAACUCGUUAGCUUCACCGCCCUCUGAGGUCAGAAUUCGACUCUCUACUGAUGCAAGAUGGCGGCUGGUGUGGCAACAUGGCUGCCAUUUGCACGGGCCGCGGCAGUGGGUUGGCUCCCGUUGGCCAAGAAGACGAUGCCAAAACCUCCUGUGGACAACUCGUCAAGAUCCGAUGAGAUCCUGUACGUCAACGUCAGCGGGGUCAGGUUUCAGACGUGGAAGAACACUUUGGACCGUUAUCCAGACACUCUGCUGGGCUCCUCUGAAAAGGAGUUUUUCUACAAUGAGGACACGCAGGAGUACUUCUUCGACCGAGACCCCGAAAUGUUCCGGCACAUUCUGAACUUUUACCGCACAGGGAAGCUCCACUACCCGCGCCACGAGUGCAUCCAGGCCUUCGACGAAGAGCUGGCCUUCUACGGCAUCGUGCCAGAGAUCAUCGGAGACUGCUGCAUGGAGGAAUAUCGAGACAGGAAAAAGGAGAACCAGGAGCGUCUGGCAGAGGACACUGAGGCCAACGAGGCGAUGGACGCCCCCCUCCCUCCUCACAGCACCUCCAGGGAGCGGCUGUGGAGGGCCUUCGAGAACCCCCACACCUCCACUAUGGCACUGGUCUUCUACUACGUCACCGGCUUCUUCAUCGCCGUCUCCGUCAUCGCCAAUGUGGUGGAGACGGUCCCCUGCCGGCCUCCCAAAGGCAGCGUCAAAGACCUCCCCUGCGGGGAGAAGUACCAGCUGGCGUUCUUCUGCAUGGACACGGCCUGCGUGCUCAUCUUCACCUUCGAGUACCUGAUGCGUCUGUUCGCUGCGCCCAGCCGCUGCAAGUUCAUGCGCUCAGUGAUGUCGGUGAUCGACGUGGUGGCCAUCAUGCCCUACUACAUCGGCCUGGUGAUGCCCGAGAACGAAGACGUGAGCGGCGCCUUCGUCACCCUUCGGGUUUUCCGCGUCUUCCGGAUCUUCAAGUUCUCGCGUCACUCGCAGGGUUUGAGGAUUUUGGGCUACACGCUGAAGAGCUGCGCCUCCGAGCUCGGCUUCCUGCUCUUCUCCCUGACCAUGGCCAUCAUCAUCUUCGCUACUGUCAUGUUCUACGCCGAGAAGGGCACCAAGGGCUCCACCUUCACCUCCAUCCCGGCCUCCUUCUGGUACACCAUCGUCACCAUGACAACACUGGGGUACGGGGACAUGGUUCCGAACACCAUCGCGGGGAAGAUCUUCGGCUCCAUCUGCUCUCUGAGCGGCGUGCUGGUCAUCGCUCUGCCGGUGCCCGUCAUCGUGUCCAACUUCAGCCGAAUCUACCACCAGAACCAGAGGGCGGACAAGAUGAGAGCGCAGCAGAAAGUGCGUUUGGCUCGGAUCCGCAUGGCGAAGAAAGGAACAGCCAACGCCUUCCUCCAGUACAAAGAGGACCGAUCACUCGAGGACCAGGACAGCGACAGCACGGCUCUGUGUGUGAAGAACCGCUCGGCGUUCGAGCACCAGCACAACCACCUGCUGCACUGUCUGGAAAAGACGACGAACCACGAGUUCACGAAUGAGAUCACCUACAGCGAGCUCUGUAUGACGGAGUCGGUGGGCUGCAGGACCAGCCGCAGCACCUCCCUGUCCAGCCAGCAGGGGGCGCAGAACAACUCCACCGGCUGCUGCCCCCGCCGGGCCAGGAGGAGAGCCGCCAUGCGACUGGCUAACUCGACGGUGUCCGUCAGCCGGGGCAGCGUCCAGGAGCUGGACACCCUGCACAUCAAAACCACCUCCAUCCCACCACAAACGCGUUCCAGCCUCAAUGCCCAGACGGGGGACCUGAAGCUGAACUGCGGCGAGCAGGAUUUUACCGCUGCCAUCAUCAGCAUCCCCACGCCACCCGCCAACACCCCAGACGAGAGCCUCCCCCCAUCACCCGCCCCCAUACCCGGCAUCCUGCGCAACACCCGAGCCACCGCCUACACCCAGGACACUGUCAAAAUCUCCUCCUUAUAACCUCGGACCACGCCUGUGGCUUCCCCCUCGACGCCCAUCCACCGCCCCACUGGCCAACCUCGUACAUGGACUCUGGACUUCCUUUGAACCUCUGAUCCUGAACCUGGGGCACUGCUAGCUGAGAAUUUGGGGGCAGAGACUCCUCAGACAGAUACUUUGAGUACAACUGCAGCAGGUUUCUUUCACUUGCUGUCACCAGGAAACAACAACCAGAUGGAGCCGGGAAAUCAAGCAAAAAUCAGAGGUGAGGAAUUUGAAAAGGAACAAAAACCUCCUGAAGACUUUCCUCAGUCUUCAGAAUCAGCUCCUCAUGAGUUUUAGACCCCAACAUGCACUUACCUCCCUUCCUUUUGAAUCUGAUCGCACAAAACCAGGAGGGUUCAUCCUGAACUGAUGGUGGAAAACAAGUCUUCAAGUGACCCUCUGGACCCUGAAACCAACCGACCGUUUGUUUCGUUGGGUCUGUUUUUAGGCUCCACUAAACAUAAUGCUUUAUAGGAGGAGUAUAAAGGACAAUGUAGAGGACGAGGUCUUACUUUUCAAACCCGACAUAAACUGGCUGAGUGUUCUUAUUCCGAGAGAAGUUGAGGAAAUGUUGGGCUCAGCUGGUUUAGCAUCAAGCUCAUCUGAAGAUAUGACCGAGAUGAUCCACCGACCGCCAAACGACCCUCAACCGCUUCAGAGGCCAUUUUUGGUUAUUUGGAUUCUGGUUGUCGAGGGAAAACAUGUACAGGUUCUGGCUUUGCUCAAAUCAGGAUGUUUUCUUUCGCGACAGACGGAUCUUCAGUCCUGUUUGCAGCGAAAAUGUUGCUUGGCUGGUUGAAGUUUUGGAAAUCCUUUGCUUGAAAUGUAAAAGUUCCAGGUUAAGACCCCAUAAAUAGUUGAAAAUGUGACUUUGACUGGGAUGAAAGAUGACUUUCAGGAUGAUCUCUUCAGAGGCUCUGAGCCACUUCAGGUCACAUUCUGAGGAAAGGAACUGAGCGAGAACUCUUGAACUUUUAAACUCAUGAUCCAGACGCUGCUGAAAAACAUGAAUCUAACACAUGAACUGAACUCAACUGGGUUUAACUGAUCUAUGCUGAGCCUGAAUACUGUUCACACAACUGCACUGAGCUGAUCUUAGCUCCAAGGAGCUGAGCUGGGCUAAAGCGAACUGGACUGAGCAGCGCUGGACUUCCACACAGGGUCAAGAGAAGGGUUCUGGACUGGUUUAAUGAGGUCUGGUCUGGCUGUAGCUCAGACGUGUUUGUCAGUGUGACACUGACUUCCAAACUAGGAACGAAAGCCUUUUACUUUUCAAAAUAUGCAACAUUACAACAAGCAGGAAAAUAGCAUCAACACAUGAACCCAAUAAUAAUAAUAAUAACAAUAACAAUAAUAAUGUGUGUGUUAUGAAACUACAGUAAUUAUUGCAGGGAACAUAAUGUAAAGCAAUUAAGAAAUUCAUUUGUUAUGUGAUCUUUUCAGCGAAACAGAAGACACAACAAGUAUUCUGCAGCAGAUUUAAAGCGCAAAGGGAAACGCAGCACCAACAGCUCUUCAGCUUUAGCAUCAUGUUUGUCCCGAUGACGUGCACUACGGCAAGAAAAAGGUGUUUUUUCUACACAUUCACUCAUGUUGCUUACAUGUUAGCCCUUAAUGUGACGCAACACUCAACAAGCAAAAAGGUCAUUUAACCCGAAGCUGAGUCCUGUCCCAAGUUAGCAUGGAGGGUUUCUUCCAUUAGUCUUUCUGAAAUAUUGAAACCCAGUUGCCAAAGCGAACGUAGGCACUGUGCAUUUCUGCAAACCAGAGAAACGUUAUGUUUAUGUUGUCACAACGCUGUGCUUAAGAUCUGGUUAGGUUCAGGCACAGCAAAACACUUCAGGGCUAUGAAACGUUUCGGCUUAAAAUAUCGGGUUUUGUACCAAGGUUGAUGUGGUAAGUACAUGACAAACAAAACAAAACAAAACAAAACACAUCUGUGGUUCACAGAAACACAAAGUGUGAACAUUUUAUUGUGACUGAGUUUUUCUGUUCACAAUCUGAAAUUAUAGUGAAAGUAUGAUCUGGAUUGUAAUCUAAGAUCCGUUCAGCAUUUACACCGACAAGCUUCUGAAACAAAAUCGGUUUACUUCAGUGGAAUCGCUGCCAUCAGCCGAUUAGCUUGUGGCCGAUUAGCUUGUGGCCGAUCAGCGGCUAAUUCUGCGUGUGUUUCUGUCAGACUCAACUUUCACGAGUUAAACCGCUGACCAGUAACAAAACAUUUUGAGAAUACUGGACUUAGUUUGACCGCUAGUUUGGAGCUGCUGUGAAUGUAGUGCUGGUGGUUAGCUUGCCAGCUAAAGUAGUUCACCAGUUAGCAGUGACUAUGUCACAAAGCUAACUUUGCUGUCAUAAAUCUGUAGGCAAUACUUGAAAAAAUACAAUUUCAGUGAAGUGAUGCCAUAGUCAGUCACAUCUGACCUGCAAAUGACCACAAACAAACAUUAACAUAUUACUGUGCAUAUUUUUCUUAACACUGAUAUUAAGUUUUAGGUUGCAAGAAAGACUGAUAGAAGAAACCUGAGCAAGCAGCAGAAGAGAGAGGAACAUAACAUGUCUCCAUGCAGCUAAUGGGAUAUGUUACGUUGUGUCUGGACUGUGCAGGUGUUGAAAGUGCUUCCUGCUUGUAAAACUAAUCCAGCUGUGGAUUAAAUACAACACGUCCUUCUUAAAGAGUGUACGCCAUCGGUCACAUGUGACUUCAGCUGUAGUAUUUGGUGCAGCGUUUCCUCAGCCAAUCAGAAGCGAGUGUGAGCGAGUGACACACGGACGGGAGACGAGUCGUACAUACUGUAACAUAUUUUGUAUCAUAAACUUUCACCUGCAUCUUCCAAUCAAAUCCUAAAGCCCAAAAAAAGGAAAAAAAAGAGACAUGAAAGUCGUCGGGUAUCUGACUGCUGUCCCUCCGUGCAUGAGCCUCGUACAGUAGAAGUAGCACUACUGAUCAUAGGAAUUUAUCAACCAUAUCAGACAAAAAGCUAGAAAAAGAAAAACAACACACACAACACAAUGGGAAAAAAAAUCAUUUGUUCUUUUGCAUGAUGACUCCCAUUUUUUUCUCUCCUAUCAGUCAUUGGUUUGUUCUCCUCAUCCUGCCCCUCCCCCCAUCCCAAAACUUUUCAAGACGAGUGUUUGCACCACAGAGAAAAGUGUACGUUAGAUUACGAGAACUAAAAGAGAUUAUAGAAAUGAGUUUCUGAGUUCGAAAACAAAAAUUCAGGCAUGUUCCUCGCCAGAAUGCAAAGUGUGUGUGUGUGUGUGUGUGUGUGUUUGUAUGAUGAGCAGUCACAAAUAUGCAUGGAUACCGUUAUAGGUAUUUUAUCUGUUUUCUCCUGCAGUUUAAAGACAGACGACUGAGAGGGGAGACUGGACAGACUGUCUGCUCACUGGACACGACUUCUUCUCUUGUUUAAACUCUUUCUUCAUGUUUUGACUUUGUUUGUUUGGAAGCUGGGGCUCCCAGCAGGCCAUUAUUUAACAGUUAAAUUACCAUUUUUAUCAGUAACAAACAACUAACCCGUUCCAACUAGGACCACAAAAGUAUUCACUUCCACCAUAAUGAGUCUCCUUAAUAUUUUUUUGAUUGAUAAAAUAAUCCCACCUCAAGGCUAACUGAAAACCUUUUUCUUUCUUUCUUCCUCUCACUUCUAACAGUCUUCUUCAAUGAAUGGAGAAACCUCAAAUGUGGUUAAAAGCUCCAGAAAAAGAUAGGAAGUGAGAUUUGUGUUGGGACUAUAAUGUUAUGGCUGAUGCAGCCAUACAGUAGCACAUGUUUCUAAUCUAAUCUCUAAUCCCUCACUUUAAGCAGUCAAUUUAUGACCUGAAAUCGUUGAAUACACUCCUUCAAAUCACUAAUCUGAAUUUAAAACUAUCAAAACUGUUUUCUGUUAAAUUUCCUAAUUAAUGAAUUUAUGUCCCCUUUGGCCUUCCGUACACAGUUUAAACAGGAUUUUCUGGGUUUAUUCCAUCAGGCAGCAGCUUUAGCUGAAUUUGUUCAACGUGUUUGCAGUUUUCCACGUCCUGACACUGGCUUCUAAAAUUCUGUGUUACUCACUGAUUAAAACAGUCCUUCUCAAAUAGUGGGGCAUGCCCCCCCCCAGGGGGUACGAUGCCAGGGGGGGCGCGUGUGACCCUGGGGAAC